CGGCGGCGGCAGCUGGGUGAGUGACGGCGCGGCUCGGGGCGCGCGCGGCCGGCGCAGGGGAAGCGCCCGCGGCCCGGGGCGGCAGCAGCAGCCCGCAGCGGCCGCCGCCUCCAACCCCGCCGCCUUCCGGGCCCGGAUCCCCUUCAGCCCCUCGGGGGCCGGUGCCGCUCUCUCGGGCUCUCCGGUUCCCCGCGCGCAAGAUGGCUGACCCGGCUGCGGGGCCGCCGCCGAGCGAGGGCGAGGAGAGCACCGUGCGCUUCGCCCGCAAAGGUGCCCUCCGGCAGAAGAACGUGCACGAGGUGAAGAACCACAAAUUCACCGCCCGCUUCUUCAAGCAGCCCACCUUCUGCAGCCACUGCACCGACUUCAUCUGGGGCUUCGGAAAGCAGGGAUUCCAGUGUCAAGUCUGCUGCUUUGUGGUGCACAAGCGGUGCCAUGAGUUCGUUACCUUCUCCUGCCCGGGCGCGGACAAGGGCCCCGCCUCUGAUGAUCCCCGGAGCAAACAUAAGUUUAAAAUCCACACCUACUCCAGCCCGACAUUCUGUGACCACUGCGGGUCGCUGCUGUACGGCCUCAUCCAUCAGGGCAUGAAGUGUGACACCUGCAUGAUGAACGUGCACAAGCGCUGCGUGAUGAACGUCCCCAGCCUGUGCGGCACAGACCACACAGAGCGCCGUGGCCGCAUCUACAUCCAGGCGCACAUCGACCGGGAAGUGCUCAUCGUGGUCGUUAGAGAUGCUAAAAACCUUGUCCCUAUGGACCCCAAUGGCUUGUCUGACCCCUAUGUAAAGCUGAAACUCAUUCCUGAUCCCAAAAGCGAGAGCAAGCAGAAGACCAAAACCAUCAAAUGCUCCCUCAAUCCUGAGUGGAACGAGACCUUCCGAUUUCAGCUCAAGGAAUCAGACAAAGACAGGAGGCUGUCGGUAGAGAUCUGGGACUGGGACCUGACGAGCAGGAAUGACUUCAUGGGGUCCUUGUCAUUCGGGAUUUCUGAACUGCAGAAAGCGGGUGUCGAUGGCUGGUUCAAGUUGCUGAGCCAGGAGGAGGGCGAAUAUUUCAACGUGCCCGUGCCGCCAGAAGGAAGCGAGGGGAAUGAGGAGCUGAGGCAGAAAUUUGAGAGGGCCAAGGUGGGCCAGGGAAACAAGACUCCAGAAGAAAAGACCACCAACACCAUCUCCAAGUUUGACAACAAUGGUAACAGGGACCGGAUGAAACUGACCGACUUCAACUUCCUGAUGGUGCUGGGGAAAGGCAGCUUUGGCAAGGUCAUGCUGUCUGAGAGGAAGGGCACAGAUGAGCUGUACGCCGUGAAGAUCCUGAAGAAGGAUGUGGUGAUCCAGGAUGAUGAUGUGGAGUGCACCAUGGUGGAGAAGCGGGUGCUGGCCCUGCCCGGCAAGCCACCCUUCCUGACCCAGCUCCACUCCUGCUUCCAGACUAUGGAUCGCCUGUACUUUGUGAUGGAGUACGUGAAUGGGGGUGACCUCAUGUACCACAUCCAGCAAGUUGGCCGGUUCAAGGAGCCCCAUGCUGUAUUUUAUGCUGCAGAAAUUGCCAUUGGUCUGUUCUUCUUACAGAGCAAAGGAAUCAUUUACCGUGACCUAAAACUUGACAACGUCAUGCUGGAUUCUGAGGGACACAUCAAGAUCGCCGACUUUGGCAUGUGUAAAGAGAACAUCUGGGAGGGGGUGACCACCAAGACUUUCUGCGGUACCCCGGACUACAUUGCCCCAGAGAUCAUUGCUUACCAGCCCUACGGGAAGUCGGUGGACUGGUGGGCCUUCGGGGUCCUGCUGUAUGAGAUGCUGGCUGGGCAGGCACCCUUUGAAGGGGAAGAUGAAGAUGAGCUAUUCCAGUCCAUCAUGGAGCACAAUGUGGCUUACCCCAAGUCCAUGUCCAAGGAAGCCGUGGCCAUCUGCAAAGGGCUGAUGACCAAGCACCCAGGCAAGCGAUUGGGCUGUGGCCCUGAAGGAGAACGAGAUAUCAAAGACCACGCUUUCUUCCGGUACAUAGACUGGGAGAAACUUGAACGCAAAGAGAUUCAGCCUCCAUAUAAACCAAAAGCUUGUGGGCGAAAUGCUGAAAACUUCGACCGAUUUUUCACCCGCCAUCCACCCGUCCUAACACCUCCUGACCAGGAAGUCAUCAGGAAUAUUGACCAAUCAGAAUUCGAAGGAUUUUCCUUUGUUAACUCUGAAUUUUUAAAACCUGAAGUCAAGAGCUAAGUAGAUGUGUAGACCUCCGUCCUUCAUUUUCUGUCAUGCAAGCUCAACUGGCUAUUGUGGUGACCUUUAUUUUGUUUUUGUUUGUUUGUUUUAUUUGGUUUUGUUUGUAUCAUUACCAGAUCACAUCCAUGUUUUAUUUCCUGAUGAGACCAGAGUGACCAUGUUUCAGAACCCAAAUGUCCUUUCAGAUAGUUUGGAGCAUCUCUACGAGAUGGAAUUAUGCAAAUGGCCAGUAGGAAGUGUCAGCUGCAUAAUCGAGACCCCCAUCAUGUCAGCUCUGCAGAUCCACUGGGCGGAGGAAAACGCCUGCUUUCCCUCCCUCGUGCCUGCACUACCCUCCUCACCCCUGCCAUCCCAUGCAGAUCCAUCCUCACCAGACCAGAGCGAGGAAUCAGAUGCUCACAGGACCCUUCCGCUUCUCAGUUGGAGUCUGGGCUGGGUCCAAGUCUGUGGUUCUUUGCCCUGAAGGGAAUUCCUCCACACUGUCUGUUCUGGAGCUUUGAAAAGAACAUGCUAAAAAUAAUUUUUUCCCUCUUCUUCAACUCAAACUGAUGAAGCUUAUCUAAGUCCUUCUAAAAUUUCAAGAGGGUGCUUUUUGGACCGUUCCAAAUUAAAAGCACUAGCAUGGGUCAAAAAAAACCAAAAAACCAAAUCAACAACCAGCUUGGGCAUACCCUCCAUGCUAUUAUUCCUGAUCAUUUGUGACCCUGGUCUCCUUGUCCCUAAACUACAGAGAAAGGGCAUCUGGAACAACAUGGUCACUCGAGCAAGCUCCAAAUGGGCUAUGGUUUUACAUUUACUCAUUUCAAACUUUAUUUGCAUUUGGGAUUAUUAUUUCUGUUGUUCAAAUGCCAAAAAAAAAAGGUUACUCAGUUUGUUACACAUGCUUUAAAAAUCUAUGUCCUAAUGUUAUUAACCACAGUGACCUGCUUUGGUUCCGGCUCCUCCCCACAAGAAGAUGGCUAUGGGGCCAGUGCCCUCCGGCUGUGGGGAAGGGGGCUUUCUCUAGGUCUCAUGCUGGCUUUGCAGAGCUCAUUAAAGCCUCCCAAGGCAGACAGCCUCUCUUGAAGCAAA